AUGUUUUGCUCAACAAUAAUAGAAACAACAAAAUGUAGUUGUUCAUGCUGUUUUGGUAAUUCUUGUAAACCAGAAUCAUUACCAUCAUUAGAUGUUGAUAGAUGUUCUAUGUGUAAUAGAGAAUGUAUUACGGCUUAUCCAGCAAAAUGUGGACUAACUUCCGGUGCAACAGUUUCAUCAUGUGGUAUUGGAAUUUCUAUUGGUGUAAUUGUUGGUAUUGUAGUUGGAAUAAUUGCGAUAAUUGUUAUUGUAAUUCUGAUACUUCUACUUUGUAGACGUCGUUUAAGCUAUAGAUAA